ACUCUAAACAAGUGUUUCUUAGCAGAAACUGUCCAAGAGCAUGAAAGUUCACCAAAAAUGGACAUUGAUUUGCAAGCUCGUUCAGUCAAAAGCAUCAACACCCCCAACUCCCUUUUACAUGGAAAGAUGUUCCACCUUCUUUUCCUAAAAAGGGGCGUUCUAAAUUCUGCUCUCACCAUAGCUAACCGUUUAAUCCAGAUGUAUGCAAGGUGCGGGCAAAUUUCUGAUGCCCGGAAGUUGUUCGAUGAAAUGCCCGAGAGAAACUACUUCACCUGGAACACCCUACUUGAAGGGUACAUGAAAUGCGGGAUGAUAAGUGACUCGCUGCGGUUGUUUUCUAGUAUGCCCCAAAAGAAUGAUUUUUCUUGGAAUGUGGCCAUUUUGGGGCUCGUAAAUGCUGGGGAGUUAGACACUGCUCGGCGCCUUUCAUAUGAGAUGCCAAGGAAGAAUGCUAUCGCUUGGAAUGCUUUGAUCGAUGGGUUUGCACGGACUGGAUUUCUUGGUGUUGCUUUGCGGUUGUUUAGGGAGUUUUCUUGUUUUGGUGCGUGUAUAACAGGUGAGAAGUCAUGCGUUGAUCCCUUUGUUUUGACUACGGUUGUUAAGGCUUGUACGAAUUUAAGAAGUCUUCGUUUGGGGAGGCAGAUUCAUGCUCACAUUAUAGUUGAUCAAGUGGAAAUUGAUUCUACAUUGGCUAGUUCACUGGUUAACAUGUAUGGGAAAGGUGGCGAUCUGGAAAGUGCUCACCAUAUUCUGAGUAGAAUGCUGAUUCCUGAUGAUUUUUCCUUGUCAGCUAUGAUCUUAGCAUAUGCAAAUUGUGGUAGAAUGAAGGAUGCGAGACAAAUUUUUGAUGUUAAAACUGAUCCUUGUGUUGUAUUGUGGAAUUCAAUGAUAACAGGAUAUGUGUCAAAUGGUGAUACUUCAGAGGCAUUUUUUAUGUUUGAUGAGAUGCACAAGGCAGGAAUUACAGGGGACUCCUCAACUUUGGUUAGUGUUUUAAGUGCCUGCAGUAGUGCACAGAUUGUCGAGAAUUGUCAGCUAGUACAUGCUUUUGCUUGCAAGCUCGGAUUAGUAGACGAUCUCAUAGUUGCUAGUGCUUUAAUUGACACAUAUGCGAAGUGUGGAUAUUCAUGCGAUGCUUGCAAAAUUUUUGGUGAGCUUAAAAUGCAUGAUACUAUUUUAUUGAAUUCUAUGAUUACCAUUUAUUGCAGCUGCGGCAGAGUUGAAGAUGCCAAGUUGAUUUUUGAGUCCAUGCCACAUAAAAGCUUGAUAUCUUGGAAUGCAAUAAUUGGUGGUUUCUGUCAAAAUGGCUUACCAAUAGAAGCCCUGGAUAUUUUCUGCAAAAUGAAUAAGAUGGAUAUAAGGAUGGAUAGGUUUAGUUGUGCAAGCAUGAUUAGCGCAUGUGCCAGCAUCUCCUCACUUGAUCUUGGUGAACAGGUUUUUGCAAGAGCUAUCAUCAUAGGGAUUGAUUUUGAUCAGAUUGUUUCUACCUCCAUACUCGAUCUUUAUUGCAAGUGUGGCUUAGUAAAACAAGCUAGGAAGAUAUUCGACCAAAUAGUGGAACCUGAUGAGGCUUCAUGGAAUUCUAUGUUGAUGGGUUAUGCUACAAAUGGCUAUGGAACAGAAGCAUUGAACUUAUUCUGUGAAAUGAGAUGUGCUGGUGUGUUGCCCACGAAUAUCACAUUCACAGGAGUCUUGUCCGCUUGUAAUCACUGUGGACUACUAGAAGAAGGAAAAAAGUGGUUUAAUGCGAUGAGACAUGACUAUCAUACUGAUCCAGGCAUUGAACACUACUCGUGCAUGGUAGAUCUUUAUGUACGAGCAGGGUGCCUCGAGGAGGCGAUGAAUAUCACUCUGACAAUGCCUUUCGAAGCAGAUGCAAGCAUAUGGUCAUCAAUUUUGAGAGGAUGUGUAGCUCAGGGUAAUGAAAUCCUAGGAAAGCAAGUGGCUAAGAGAAUUACAGAGCUUGAUCCUGAGAAUUCGAGUGCUUUUGCACAAUUGUCAAGUAUAUAUGCAACUUCUGGGAAAUGGGAAAGAUCAGCUUUGGUUUGGAAUGUGAUGAAAGAAAAGGGAGUUCAUAAAAUUCCUGGACAAAGCCGGAGAGAUACUUGGAUUUGACUUUGCCCCAACAUCCGACUGUUAAGAUUUUCUGAAUAAUCCUUUGAGACAUAUAUGAAGCUUGUUGGGCAAAAUUGGAUGUUAUGGUAUUAUUAUGACAACAGGAUUUCUGUACAAAUAUGGUUAGUCUAAUCAUGAGACUAUAUGGAGUUGUUGGUCUUAUUGGGAUGAGACUCGAACCUGAAACCUUCUUUAUGAAAAGCUAUAUGAUGCCAUCGAAUUACAAGAAACUCUAUGGUUUAAAAAAUCACUAAACCCAUCAAGCUAAGCAUCUCCUAAAUCUUCGUCAUGAAUCCAGGUUCUGAGUACCCUACUUCAAAUUUGUUUCUUCAAGAAGUUCAAAAAAUCAAAUCAACAUUGGAUAGUUAUGUAGAUGAUGAAGAUGACUUUAUUAGGGAUUUGGUUAAGAGAAUGAAGAAGAAGUUUGAUAAAUAUUGGGGUGAGCACAAUUUGUUGAUGGCUAUAGGUGCUGUCUUUGAUCCAACAAAGAAAAUGCUUGCAGUUGAAUUCUGUUUCCCUAGACUUAUUCUGAUCAGGAAGCUAAGGAGAAUAUAGCAAAAGUGAAUGAGAUUUUAUGAAGAGUAUGUUGCUGAAUCAAUGGACAAAGAAAAUUCUGAAAAUUUAGGUUCUUCUAACACUUUUGGAAGUCAAGUCAGCCAUGAAAAGUCUACAUAUGCUUGGGAAGAUUUUGAGGGAUUUUGUGCACAAGUUGAAACUUCAGAGCCUAAAAACGCAGAGUUAGUAGACUAUCUAGAAAAAGGGUGUCUUAAGACUACUGAGGUUCCUAGCAACUUUUGUUGUUUAGACUGGUGGAAGAUGGAUAGACUGCAGUAUCCAAUAUUGUCAAGAAUGGAAGCAGAUAUUUUAAUUAUACCUGUUAGCACUGUGGCUUCAGAAGCAACAUUUAGUGCUGGGACAAGGAUAAUUGAUUCGUGUCGUGCAUCCUUGUUGCCUAAAACAACACUAGCUUUAC